CGGAGCCACAGGCUGCUCCCGGAGAGAAGCCGGGCGAGCUGAGUCCUUCCCCGGUGUCCAGGCGAAUGCAGGACCAUGGGCAGCCUGGAGUGGGGAGCCGAGAUGCGGCCAGGCUGAGCCCCGCUGAGCCCCGCUGAGCCCCGCUGAGCCCGCCGGGCCGGCCAUGGGCGACCGCGAGCGCAACAAGAAGCGGCUCCUGGAGCUGCUGCAGGCGACUGGCACCGGCAACGCGCACUGCGCCGACUGCGGGGCGGCGGAUCCGGAUUGGGCCUCUUAUACUCUGGGAAUCUUCAUUUGUCUCCACUGCUCCGGAGUCCACCGCAACUUCCCAGACAUCAGCAAAGUUAAAUCCCUGCGACUUGACUUCUGGGACGACAGUAUUGUGGAGUUUAUGACCCACAAUGGGAACCUCCAUGUGAAGGCCAAGUUUGAAGCCAGAGUCCCGGCUUUCUACUAUGUCCCUCAGGCCAACGACUGCCUGGUCUUAAAGGAACAAUGGAUUCGAGCUAAGUAUGAGAGACAAGAGUUUAUGGCUGAUGGGAAAACUAUCUUGCCCCCAGGUGACCGAGAAGGAUUCCUGUGGAAACGGGGAAGGGACAACGCACAGUUCCUGAGAAGGAGGUUUGUCCUUCUGGCAAGAGAAGGCCUCCUAAAAUACUACACCAAGGAAGAGGGUAAAAGCCCAAAGGCUAUCAUCAACAUCAAGGACUUGAAUGCCACCUUCCAGACAGAGAAGAUAGGGCACCCCCAUGGGCUGCAGAUCACCUACAGGAGAGAGGGCCACACUAGGAAUCUGUUUGUGUAUCAUGAAAGAGGGAAGGAGAUUGUAGACUGGUUCAACGCUCUCCGUGCAGCCCGACUGCAAUACCUAAAAAUGGCCCUUCCUGAUCUCCCACAGUCUGAGCUCGUGCCCCUCAUCACCAGGAACUACCUCAAACAAGGCUUCAUGGAGAAGACUGGUCCAAAGCAGAGAGAACCUUUCAAGAAAAGAUGGUUUGCCCUGGAUCCCCAGGAGCGGCAGCUGCUGUAUUACAAGAACCCCCUGGAUGCCUUUGAGCAGGGCCAGGUUUUUCUCGGGAGCAAUGAGCAGGGCUAUGAAGUAUGUGAAGACCUGCCCAAGGGCAUCCGAGGAAACCGCUGGAAAGCUGGCCUCACUGUCCUCACGCCUGAGCGGAGAUUCAUCUUCACCUGCCCCAACGAGAAAGAACAACGAGAAUGGCUGGAGAGUCUGCGGGAUGUCCUGUCCCGUCCCUUGUCACCUCUUCAUCGCCUCAGACAGCACUGCCAUGUCCUGGCCACCUCCGUCAGCCCACUUGUUUCCUUUGCAGCUGCAUCAGCAGAGAGUGGCUGUGGUAACAGGUGACCCAUCGCUGAGGAGCUGGCUGGCCACUGAGCACCUGAGUUCUCACCUCUGUCCUAGAUGCCCAGCACAGGUGCCUGUAGCCAGUAGCUGCCCCUGUCAGUGGACUCUGUCAAGACUCAAGAUGUGAUUUCUUCUCUUGCUCCCACUGGCCAGCCUUGGGGAGUUGGGAAGCUGUGCAGACAGGAACUUAUAGCUCUCCAUACACACCCAGGCUUGGAAGUUCAGAAGGUCCACAACUUUCUCGUAUCUGAAAUGGAGGCACUGAAAACUGGCUGUAGUGAUGCAGGCCUAUAGUCCCGGAACUUGGGAGGCUGAGGGAGGAGGCAUGCCAUGAGUUUAGUGUCAUCCUGGGCUAUAAAGUGAGUUUAAAUCUAGAGUUACAGAGCAAUCCUUGUCCCAAAAACUACAGAGAAGAGGUGGGGGCAUCACAAUGAAAAAGCCCCCACAGCAACAGCAUCACACAUGUAAAAAAGAAAAGAUAAAGGUUUAAUAUGAACCUAAUCAUGAAGAAAUAAUCAGAUAAAUUCAAAUAUUUUUUACAUGCUGCUGCACAUCUAACCUGGACUCUUCAAAAUGUCAAUAUCAUAGAAAAAGUAGUUUGGGAACUCCAAGAUUAAAAGAGACCAAGAGCCAGAGGCGGUGGUGUAUGCUCAUAAUAUAGCGCCUGGGAGGUAGAGGCAGGAGGAUCAGAACUGCUCCUAUUAUACAUAGCAAGUUCAAGACCAGCCUGGGCUACCUGUGACUCUGUUUCAAAGAAAAACAGAGAGAAAAAAAAAAGGACCACAACAUGGCAACCAACUGCAAUUCGGGAUUCUUGAUUGAAUCUGCGAUUUAAAAAACAAAGCAGCUAUAAAAGACAUAACUGGCGGGCGUGGUGGUGCACACCUUUAAUCCCAGCACUUGGGAGGCAGAUC